CGGGCCUCGCCCUCUCCCGGCACGGCGGAGCUCGUGGAGGCCCGCCAUCGCCGCUUGGGGUCCGCGUCCGGCGCGGAUCUACGGCCAUGGUGUCCGCGCCGCAUCCGCCUCGCGCGUGGCGGAGGGAGCAGGGCAGAGGCGGCGUGGCCCCACGGCGAGCGCGCCGGCCGGGGAGCUUGAGGCGGCGAGCAGCGGCGGCGAGCAGGGAUGAAGGAGGAGGGCGAAGGCCGCUGGAGCAGGAAGGGGAGAGGGAGCGGAAGGGGGGCGGGGCGGAGUAGGAAGGGGGCCUCGUUUGCAUACCCGGUUGGAGUUGAGAUGCCCUGGAACUGAAUUCUGGAGCAUACCACAGGGUCCCUUUGGAAGGUUAUGAUAAUAUGACUCUUGGGAACAGAGAUCACAAGAGGGCUAUUGGAAGUUUGUCUUCAAAUCUCUGUAUCUAAUAGAAUGUGACAGAAGAAUGAUCCACCAUACAGUUUGCAAAGAGAUUCUCCCUUCUGAAGAGGCUGCAUUGCGAGUGCGUUCAUUUCUUGAUGAUGGAACGCAUGAGAAGAAUUGCAGGAAUUGGCAAGGCUAAGGUUCCUUCUGUGCCUUCUGCGGUUCAAAAAGACAAAGAUGAAAGCAUCGUUUUCUUCAAGGAGCUGUACAAGCGCGAGAAGGAUAGGGAUGUGAACCUCUUGGAACCAAUGUACUCAGUCGAGUUUGAAGCUAUUCAAGGUGAGCUAUUUUUGGCUGUGGCAAUCCUUUUUACUGGGCAUUCUAUCAGGAAUUUUCAUGAACACAUCCAUUAUCAUUGCAAAUCUUGCGCAACUGUUUCCUCAAAAGUGGAUCUACUCGCUCGGUGUUUCUAUGCCUAUGUUCUAGGUGAUCAUGCUCGCAAAGUUACCCCAGGAAAGAGAGACUUCCUCAUACCAGUGGACGAGAAGCAUGACUAUGACUGGUUAAUGACACCUCCAGCUGCACCACUGUUUCCUUCCCUUGAGAUAGAAGCCAAGUCCUCCCAAAUGGUGUUCCAAAGGGAGCUGCCAAUCCCUCCUCGUCAAGUUAAACCGUCAGCUUCAAGGCUCUUAGCCAAGCCAGAGGCAACCAAAACAUCGACACGGCCAGCAACAUCUACAUCUAACACUUCGUCAAGAAAAACAUUCAUCAAAACCUCUCCAGCCAUCUCCAAAGAGAAGAAGCAACCUUACACUGAAGACCAAAGAUCAAGCCACAAGGUUCCAGUGAAUGGGCAUCAGAAGGCCACUGAUGCAGCUAUUCCAGGUACUCGAAUAGGUGGCACGCCGAAGAAACACUCGGAGACGUUCUACGCAACCCAAACCAGCAGCACAAGCAUGGUCAAGGGAGUGACAGACCAAGAAAUCCCCUUCAAGACACCGAAGAAUCUGAUCACAACAACCAGGUCAAUAUUCUGGCGCCAUACUCCAUCAACGAAGAAUGCUCGGAGCAAAGAUCCUGGGUCCGGUGUAGAUGUCAAAAAGGAAAAUGGCAAGGUGAGGGGGCCGUCACGUCCACCUGCACCAGUAAGGGGAAUAAGGGGCAUGACGGAGCUGCAGUUACAUGACAGGCGGGAUGAGCUGCCUCCAAGAGGGAAGAGUGUGACUGGGAGCGGCGGUGAGCCCGCUUCCGGCGAUAGUGCCCGUUCAGAGAGGGUGGCACUGGUGAGGGGUACAGGAAGAGCAAAUGGGAGGGCAUGGAUAUGAGCUUGGAAGCUAGGCAACUGAGGAGCAUAUAGUUCUACUGCCAUUUUCUGGAAUCUAAAAUUUAUAUGGUGCCCUUGUAUUGCCAAAAGGCGGUGUUCGGCUGGGCGGCAGGCGGCUGCUCUCUGCUGCUUGGGCCUGGAAGCAGCGGCUGGGCGGCUGGUUCUGGCUGCACCAGAUCCAGCCACAACCAGCCAGAAGUGCACCAGCCGAACACGCGAAAAGUGCCAAACUUUGCAAAAACAAAUUAGAAAAGCGGCUUUUCCAAACUGUGCCAAAUCCUUCAGUUGUUGCUGCAGUUUUAUGCACGAUUUAUA